GCUACCGACCAUUUAAGAGUUUAAUUUUGAUUGUUUUUAUCAAUUAGUUUGUAUUAUUUAUUGAUUUAAAAAAUUAACAAUAUUUUCAGCCAUCGUUUUGCCCCUUCUUUAAAAUCCAAAAUUGUGUCUUUUUCCCUUCUCUAGGAAGCUCUAGAAGACGAUCAACCCUUCUUUCAAUGGGUUCUAUAAAUGAACCUUCGCUUUCCAGUUCCUUCUUCACCGAUUCCUCUCGUAGCUUCUAACACUCUUCUCACUGCUCUUUUCCUUGCUUCUAUCUGCUGCCGGAAUCUCUGUCUUCUUGUUCAUUCUGCAACCUGCUUGCUCGGUUCAACCAUUUUGAUCGUUGCUGCUUCUGGUAAUUCUAUUUUCUUUCCUCAAUUGGUUUUCACGGAACUAGGUACGUCUUGUUCUUUGAUUUGCUUCGCGCCAGUUCGUAAUUUCCAAUCUGUUUGUGCUUUUGUCAAAUCAGUUUGAUUCAUUAUACUUUUAAUUCGUCUUAUUAAGAGAUUGAAUGUAGUGAUAUUUUGAAAUCUUGCUGCUCUGUUUAUAUUGGAAAUGUUGUAAUAGUAUUGAGAAUUGGAUUAAGAGAUAGAUUGUAGUUGAUCUUGUUUAUAUGAAUUUUAUGUAAUUUCCAAUCUGUCUAUUUGCGGAGUUUUGGUCUAUUAGCCCUAUACGAGAACUGAGUUUAGAUGUUGGAAAAUUGAAGACUUAUAGACAAGUUUACACAUGAUAUUGUUUGUGUUUAUAAACUAUAACACGCUUUGAAGUGAUUGAAUCAACCUGAUUUUGUCCAAAAUCUGUAGAAGCGUUUCUGUGUGUUCUUUUUGAAGUGUUUUAAAGAUGAUUCAGUGGAAUUUAAACUCAUUUUAAGGGGCUGAGUUCUUGGUUAUCUAUUCCUUACCCGUUAGUUCAGUGUAUAGCUAGAGCUUUAUAUUGAUCAAAAUGCAGAUUAUGGCCGAACCAAUAUACACUGUAGCUUCUGAUAGUGAAACCACUGGGGAGGAUAGAUCAGCAUCAAUCUUUCCGGAAAUUGAUGUUGGAAUUGAUAUUGGUACUUCACAGUGUAGUAUUGCAGUCUGGAAUGGAUCUCAGGUUGAGCUUCUUAAGAACACUAGAAAUCAGAAGAUUAUGAGAUCAUAUGUCACCUUCAAGGAUGACACUCCUUCUGGUGGAGUUAUUAAUGAGCUAAGUCAGGAGUAUGACAUGCUAUCUGGUGCUGCAAUUUUCAAUAUGAAACGCUUGAUUGGAAGAGUUGACACUGACCCAGUUGUUCAUGCAAGCAAGAGCCUUCCUUUUCUAGUGCAAACUUUGGACAUUGGUGUUCGUCCAUUUGUUGCAGCUUUGGUGAAUAAUGUAUGGAGAUCUACCACUCCUGAAGAAGUUCUGGCAAUCUUUCUUGUUGAACUGAAAAUGAUGGCUGAACAUCAACUGAAGCGGCCAAUUAGAAAUGUUGUUUUAACAAUUCCGGUUUCGUUCAGCCGAUUUCAGCUUACUCGGGUGGAACGGGCUUGUGCGAUGGCUGGCCUUCAAGUCAGGUUGAUGCCUGAACCAACAGCAGUAGCUUUAUUGUAUGCCCAACAACAGCAGCAGCAGGCUGCCCAUGAGAACAUGGGCAGUGGAAGUGAAAAGAUCGCCCUUAUUUUCAACAUGGGAGCUGGAUAUUGUGAUGUUGCUGUAUCAGCCACAGGGGGAGGAGUGUCACAGAUCAAAGCCCUGGCUGGAAGUCCUAUUGGAGGUGAAGAUCUACUUCAAAAUACCAUGAAGUAUCUUUUGCCAAAUGCGGAAUCUAUAUUUUCACACCGUGGAAUCGAUGAGAUCAGAAGGAUGGGGUUACUCCGAGUUGCGACCCAAGAUGCUAUCCACAAGCUUUCAUUCCAGUCGAGUGUUCAAAUCGAUGUGAACUUGGGAAAUGGGUCGAAGUUAUGCAAGGUUCUAAGCCGGGAGGAGUUCGAGAUGGUGAAUAGCGAGGUGUUUGAGAAAUGUGAGAACCUUGUUAAUCUAUGCUUACAUGAUGCAAGAGUAGGGAUUGAAGAUUUGAGCGAUGUCGUUGUAGUCGGUGGAUGUUCGAACAUACCGAAGAUCAGAAAUCUUCUGAUGGGAAAAAGCAAAAAGAAGGCACUUUAUGAAGGAAUGAAUCCUUUAGAAGCUGCUGUUUCUGGGGCAGCUUUAGAAGGUGCAGUAGCAUCAGGCAUUGCCGAUCCGUUCGGAAGUUUAGAUCUCCUUAGCAUCCAAGCAACCCCUCUCGCCAUCGGAAUUCGAGCCGAUGGAAACAGCUUCAUUCCAAUUAUUCCCAAGAACACUACAAUGCCAGCACGCAAGGAGUUGGUUUUCACAACUGUAAAAGACAAUCAAAGCGAGGCCCUGAUUGUUGUAUAUGAAGGCGAAGAGACGAGAGCAGAAGAAAAUCAUCUACUUGGCUAUUUCAAAAUCAUUGGAAUUCCACCAGCACCCAAAGGAAUCCCUGAAAUUACUAUCUGUAUGGACAUUGACUCCUCAAAUAUGCUUAGAGUUCUAGCUGGGGCAAGACUCCCAGGUGUUCAACACCCUGCAACCCCUUUCAUGGAAGUCAAGAUGCCGACUGUCGACGACGGGCAUGGCUGGUGUGCAGAGGCUCUGCAUGGAAAAUAUGGUGCUGCCAUGGACUUGGUUACAUUGCGGAAGAAAAGCUAGGUGAAUAUCUAGAGCCUACUGUUUUGUUUCUGCAUUCACUUUCAUAUAUGACUCCUUUAGUUCAAUGCAAAUACAUAGCGAAAUAAUGUAUGUUGGGUAAUGUAAAUGUCACAUUUUCAUGUUUUUAAGUGUCAAUAGCUUCCUGGAAUAUGAACUACUGUGAUAGAUGAAGAAUUAGGGACACUCUUGUUGGCGAUGCUGUAGUUAUUCAGUGUAAGUUGUAUCUACCUUGUUAAGUACAUCCUAGUUAUUCAGUGUAAGUUGUAUCUA